AUUUUUUUUAUUGUUAACUUUCCUCUUUCCUCUCUAGCCAUAUACAUUCUCAACAGACUUCAACCUCCAUCUUUAAAUACAACAAUUCCAUCUAUUAUAAUCCUUGCCUUCCCAUAAUACAAUCUCUUUCCUUUUGAACAUUUAAAUCAAAUAAUUAACCAAAAAUGAAACUUCUCCAUUGUCCACUUCCAUGCCAUUUAAGAGAAGAAAGCCAAUCCAACUCUCACAAUACCCUUCCAUCCGGCUACUCGUCCUCUUCAUCUUCAUCCUCUCUCACUUCACAACCAAGCAUAAAAUCUCUCCCUUCUCUUUCAUCAUCCCAACAACAACUUGAUCAAGAAUCGAAUACCGUACACCACGAAUGUAUUUCCACCCUAAAAGGCCACAACUCCUAUGUGUUCUCCCUUUUUCUAGCCGGAAAAUAUCUAUAUAGCGGUUCAUACAAUGGUGAAAUCCGGGUUUGGCCUAGGGAACCAGCUGAAAAUACUACAAAUAUUGUAGCUAGUUCAAGUGGUGCAGUCAAAUCUCUCGUAGUUUUAGAUGACAAGUUGUUUAGUGCACAUCAAGAUCAUAAAAUCCGUGUAUGGAAAAUGGAAAGCAAAAAUGAAAUCAACCAAAUAGCCACUCUUCCUACGAUGAGUGACCGUUUCAUAAGACUUGUCUCAGCUAAAAACUAUGUACAAAUUCGGAGGCACAAGUCAUGCACUUGGGUCCAUCAUAUUGACACUGUAUCAGCACUUGCUUUGUCAAAUGAUGGAACCGUCCUAUACUCGGCUUCGUGGGAUCGAACGUUUAAAGUCUGGCGAACCUCUGAUUUCCGGUGCUUAGAAUCAGUUGCCAACGCUCAUGAUGAUGCAAUCAACGCUCUCGUUUUAUCUAAAGACGGGUAUGUCUAUACAGGAUCAGCUGAUAAAACAAUCAAGGUGUGGGAGAUGCACAAAACAGAGAGAAAACACUCUCUAGUCGCAACGUUAGAGAAGCAUAAAUCGGCUGUUAAUGCAUUGGCGCUAAGCAGCGAUGGGUGUGUGCUUUAUUCCGGAGCAUGUGAUCGGUCGAUUGUAGUGUGGGAGAGAGUGGCUGACGGUGGUGGAAACAUGGUGGCAGUCGGUGCGCUUCGAGGACACAGUAAGGCUAUUUUGUGCUUGGCUGUGGUGGCUGAUCUGCUGUGCAGUGGCUCAGCUGAUAAGACGAUCAGGGUGUGGAGAAGGUCGGGUGUUCGCAACACGUAUGUAUGUUUGGCAAUUUUAGAAGGACAUAUGAAACCUGUUAAGUGUAUAGCUGCUGCUGUUGAUUCCAACAAUACUUCAAAUUAUGGUACUUCUUAUUUGAUAUAUAGUGGUAGUUUGGAUUGUGAUAUUAAGGUAUGGGAAAUCUGGGUUCCUUCCCAGUGAACGAUUCAUGUUCAAAAUCUGAGUUCCUUUCCAGUGAACGAUUUUCAUGUUCUUUGUUGUUUGUGUUGCAUAUAUGUAAACUGGAUUGCUAAAUGACGUCUUAGAAAUUCCUAAUAACGUCCUAAUAAAUACGUAUAAUAUAUUGUAUUUUUCCA